AUGUUCACAGACAAUAGAAUUCUGAGAGAGAAAUGCUGUUUAUUACGAUUAUUUACCAAUAUUUUUCGAUGGCUUUUCCCAUCCUCUUCCCGCCAGCCACGGCAAAACACACACACAAACUCUCUCUCUCUCUCUCUCUCUCUCUCUCUCUCUCUCUCUCUCACAUACAAAGAGAUACUCUCACUCUCUCUUACUCUCUCUUUGGCUCUCGUUUGGUCGCUUUCUCUCACUUUCACUUUCUCUCUGACUUUUGCUCUCUUUCACUCUCAAUAUUCCCCUCUCUCUCUCUCUCUUUCGCUUGAUCGCUCUCUGUCACUUUCGCUCUCUCUCUCUCUCUCUCUCACUUUCUCUCAUACCCUCUCUCACUUUUUCUUUCUCGCUCUCUCUUGCUUGGUCGCUCUCUCUAAAUUUCUCUCUCUCUCUCUCACUUGCACUCUCUCUAGCUUUCUAUCUCUCACUCUUAAACUCUCUCUCUCUCUCUCUCUUUAUCUUUCGCUUGAUCGCUCUCUGUCACUUUCGCUCUCUCUCUCUCACUCUCUCUCAUACCCACUCUCACUUUUUCUUUCUCGCUCUCUUGCUUGGUCGCUCUCUCUAAAUUUCUUUCUCUCUCUCUCUCUCUCACUUGCACUCUCUCUAGCUUUCUCUCUCUCACUCUUAAUCUCUCUCUCUCUGUCUCUGUACCUGUCUCUGUCUCUCUCUCGUUCUCUCUUUAUCUCUCGCUUGAUCGCUCCAUCCGGUAGAAAGUCACGUGAGUUCGGUCGUCUUUCAUAUCCCCUAACAAAGCGAUUUAUUUCAACCUGCUGGAUCGUUCCCUUUUGGUUGGCCGUAGUCAACCGUAGGUUUAUUUUAAAAAAUCUAUCUAUCUAUCUAUCUAUCUAUCUAUCUAUCUAUCAAUUUCACUGUGUUCAUAUCUUUGUAUCUGUCUAUUUAUCUGUGUAUCUAUUUUUCUCUCUAUCUCAUUAUGCACUUACCUACUCAAGAGGAUUCUGGUAG